AUGUCAGUGGCAGAGGGAAAGGCACGAAGUUCGAUAGAGAAGUCAAUAAAGUUGAAUCUAUGGAAGCUGUUUCCUCACGUUUUUCUCAUACUUUCACUCGUCGGAUAUGCAGCCUUGGGAGCGGUGCUCUUCUGGUACAUAGAGGGAGGGCGUGUGUACAAAACAGAACGGGAAUAUUGUGAGUUUUUGGGUGAACUGGUGCGCACAAUUCAGAAUUAUCCAGUUAAUUCGUCCAGCAAUUCUACUCAAGAACAAGAUUUGGUAAAAGAACUAGAGAAAGAAAUCAACAGGGGGUUCAAGUCCAUAUGGCUUCAACGUCCAGAGCUAUGGACAUAUGAUGCAUCCAUGUUCUUCUGCUGUACUGUAUUCACAACCGUGGGUUAUGGAGAGAUCUAUCCGGUGACCCUGAAUGGUAAGGUGGUCUGUAUCCUGUAUGCCAUGGUGGGUAUCCCCCUCAUGCUCCUGGUCAUCACAGAUGUGGGAGACCUCAUGGCCGUGCUCCUGUCCAGGGCCUACAUCCACCUGCACACUCUUUUCUGCAGGUUGCGUCAAUAUGGCCGCUGGUUCCCCUCCCAUCACACAGAGAAGUCAGGGGAUAGGGCCCAGGGGGACCGCCAGGAUGGAACCUACACAUUCAGCCACAAGGUGGUGGUCCGGGAGCCCAUCGACAUCCGACAGGUCCUUCACAGCCAGCAGUCUGUGAAGCGCAAGUCCAACCAGUUGCUGAACAACACAAAGAUCUUUGAAUGUAUCAUUGCACAGGAGAACUUCAACAGGCAAGGCCCACUGGUGAGGAGCCUUUCUUGCCAUGAGCUUGACAGCAUGCCUCCCUUGCCCAAGGACUUUGCCAUCUGGGACUUCACAGGCAUCGGGGAGAGUAUGGACAAGCUAAACGUCCCGCUGUUCCUCAUCCUGGUGGUGGUGUUUGCCUACAUCCUGUUUGGAGGUCUCAUCCUGCCCCUGUGGGAGACAGAGUUCAACACCUUUGACGCCUACUACUUUUGCUUCAUCACCCUCACCACCAUCGGCUUCGGUGACAUUGUGCCCAACCACCCCAAGUUCUUCAUGCUCACCUUCGUCUUCAUCAUCACGGGCAUGGCCAUCAUGUCCAUGGCCUUCAAGCUGGGCCAGUCACGCAUCGUCAGCUGUUACCGCCAGUGCAUGCGCUGUAUCAGCGGGGGGAAGGUGAAGAGGUAUGACGAGUUGGAGAGCGACUGAAUCAAAGAGUUUUGGCCCCCAUCGGGCAGCUCAAGGGUUCUAGGGUUAUAAGGCCCUGCACUGUGGGUCAAAAAAGCACUAAGGGUGGAGUUGAAGUUCUGUACAGCUGACUUGGGAACAGUGUCUAGCUCAGGGCGGUGCAAAGAUAACCCUUGAGUUGACCCCUCAUCAUUAGCAUGAGCAAAUGAAAAUGUGCAUGUGGACAAUGCUUAAAGACAUCCUCCAGUGAUUUUUUUUAAAUGUCCUGUUGAAAAGUGAUAUCCCAAGUAUAAAUACAGUAAAGUACACACACCCAAGGGUAAAACCAAAAAG